CCACCCCCGCUCGCUCCUGCCAGCAGGCGCCCCCGCCCCCCGCGGCCAGCCAGGCAGCCCAGAGCCAGUCGGCGCGCGGAGGGAGCGUGAGUGAAGCCCGGCGCCUUUCCGAGCCGCCGCAGCAGCAUGGCCGGUCCCGGAGCCCUCUGCUCCGCGUUCGGGCUCUGCAGCAUCCUGAGCCUCUGGGCUCUGCAGGCGCGGGCAGCGCAGCGGCAAGAGGACACGCUCUACAUGUGGAUUGAUGCGCAUCAAGCCAGAGUCUUGAUAGGCUUCGAAGAGGAUAUUCUGAUUGUUGCAGAGGGGAAAAUGGCCCCAUUCACUCAUGAUUUCAGAAAAGCCCAGCAGAGGAUGCCAGCUAUUCCAGUCAAUAUCCAUUCUAUGAAUUUUACCUGGCAAGCAACAGGAAGGGCUGAAUACUUUUAUGAGUUCCUGUCCUUGCGCUCACUGGAUAAAGGCAUAAUGGCUGAUCCAACUAUAAAUAUCCCCCUGCUUGGAACAGUUCCCCACAAAGCAUCAGUUGUUCAGGUUGGAUUUCCUUGCCUGGGAAAACAAGAUGGAGUAGCGGCAUUUGAAGUUACUGUCAUCAUAAUGAAUUCAGAAGGCAAUAUAAUUCUCCAAACCCCCCAAAAUGCCAUCUUCUUUAAAACAUGUCAGCAAGCCGAAUGCCCAGGAGGGUGCAGAAAUGGAGGUUUCUGCAAUGAAAGGCAUGUCUGUGAAUGUCUGGAUGGAUUUUAUGGGCCUCAUUGUGAGAAAGCUCUGUGUGCAUCCCGCUGCAUGAAUGGUGGGCUCUGUGUCACACCUGGGCUGUGCAUCUGCCCUCCUGGAUUCUAUGGCAUCAACUGUGAUAAAGCUAACUGCACAACAACCUGUUUCAAUGGAGGAACCUGCUUCUAUCUAGGAAAAUGCAUUUGUCCUUCAGGAUUCGAGGGAGACCAUUGUGAAAUCAGCAAAUGCCAACAGCCCUGUAGAAAUGGAGGUAAAUGUACUGGUAAAAAUAAAUGCAAGUGCUCCAAAGGUUACCAGGGAGAUCUUUGUUCAAAGCCUGUAUGUGAACCUGGUUGUGGAUCAUAUGGAACUUGUGUGGAACCUAACAAAUGUCAGUGCAAAGAAGGCUGGCAUGGAAGACAUUGCAACAAAAGGUAUGGAGCCAGCAUUAUGAGUGCCUUGAGGCCACCAGGCCCCAAGCACAGACAGCACACGCCUUCACCUAAAAAGGCUGAAGAGAGGCAUGUUCCACCCGAAUCCAAUUAUAUCUGGUGAACUCAGACAUCUGAAACGUUUUAUGUUACACAAAGUUCAUAGCCUUCAUUAACCUUUCAUGUGUUGAAUGUUAAAAUGCUGUUCAUUACAGUUAAGAUUACUGGCCUGAAUUUUAUUAGCUUCAUUAUAAACCACUGAGCUGAUAUUUACUAUUCCUUUUAAGUUUUAUAAAUUCUUCUUUAGCACAAUUAUAUAGGCUUCUUGUUUCAAUGCUUUGGACAGUGUUUUGUACUAUAUUUCAGUAAUUUUUAAACUUUCCUUUUUGAUGAUGUAGCUGCAAAUAUUUUCCAAAAAUGAAACAAUAUCCAAAUACUUUGGAUGGAUUUUGUGAUUAGAGUGGAGUGCUUCUGUGGUAUGGCAGCCUUAUUGUAAAAGCCAGAGAGACGGCAUUGUUACUAUCAUGUACUUAGAAGUAUCACAAAAAAGUUUCUUAAUUAAAAAAAAAUCAGUCGAACAAUAUUGUUGGUCAUAAGAAUUUUGCAGUGCUCCAUAUUAAAUAUACACUGUCAUUUGAACAAUAUAAUAUAUUGUAAACAAAGUAGAACUAUAAUGUAUGAAUUUUUUGCAUUGGCUUGAAGCAAUAUAAUAUAUUGUAAACAAAACAGCUCUUAUGUAAUAAACUUUUUAUACUGAUUGUUAUGUAUAAAAUAAAAAUGUUGCUU